GCCGCAGCCAGAAACUACGGAUAGAGGUAUUGACAACCGUCCGCAACGAUCCUCAAGACACAUCGACAGUCCUCAACAUGACCAAGAAAAGAAGAAAUGGCGGCCGCAACAAGAAGGGUCGUGGUCACGUCGGUUUCGUUCGCUGCUCAAACUGCUCUCGCUGCGUUGCCAAGGACAAGGCUAUCAAGCGCUUCACAGUGAGGAACAUGGUUGAGAGCGCAGCAGUUCGGGAUAUCAGUGAAGCCAGUGUUUACCAAGAAUAUGUGAUUCCUAAACUUUACAUCAAAAUCGCAUACUGUGUCUCGUGCGCCAUCCACUCGCAUGUUGUCCGUGUACGAUCACGCGAGGGGCGUCGUAACCGUGCUCCUCCUCCCCGUGUACGAUGGAAGGAUGGUAAAAAAGUGAACCCCGCGGUUGCUGCUGCAGAGGACGCGAAGGCUGCUGCUGCUGCUGGCAAGGCAUGAAAGACUCUACAUCUUAUACUCGUCGCAUGCAGCUGUGUAUUAGUUCCACGCAUUCCAUCUAUUUGUCCUCCAUACGCAAAAACUGGACUUCAGAAAUAAGAAUGAAGACCUUCCAA